UAUCAUAUGAUCAAUCGAUGGUUUGGGUACCUAUUGUAUCAUUGUAGUUUCCUCCCUCAAUCUUUAGAUUGUAGUAUUUGAGAUCCGAAUUUAAGUCAUACGGAGAGAGGUGAUACCAAAAUGAAGGGGUGCAUUUUUAACAUCGAUGCAGGAUAUUUGGAGGGCUUGUGCCGUGGUUUCAAGUGUGGCAUCCUAAAGCAAUCAGAUUAUUUGAACUUGGUGCAGUGCGAGACCCUCGAAGAUUUGAAACUCCACCUUCAAGGGACUGAUUAUGGAACGUUCUUGGCAAACGAGCCCAGCCCUCUCGCCGUAUCCACUAUUGACGAUAAACUACGUGAAAAACUCGUUAUUGAGUUCCAACAUCUCCGCAAUCAUUCAGUUGAACCAAUGUCAACAUUCUUGGAUUUCAUCACUUACAGCUACAUGAUCGAUAACAUUAUUUUAUUGAUUACUGGAACUUUGCACCAGAGACCGAUCUCUGAGCUUAUUCCGAAGUGUCACCCACUUGGAUCAUUUGAACAGAUGGAAGCUAUUCAUGUAGCUGCCACACCAGCUGAGCUGUACAAUGCUGUGUUGGUGGACACUCCACUUGCACCAUUCUUUGUGGACUGCAUCAGUGAACAGGAUUUAGAUGAGAUGAACAUUGAAAUCAUUCGUAAUACUCUAUACAAGGCAUAUUUGGAAGCCUUCUAUGAAUUCUGCAAGCAGAUUGGAGGAACUACUGCUGAUGUCAUGUGUGAGAUUUUAGCUUUUGAAGCUGACCGUCGUGCUAUCAUCAUCACUAUCAAUUCAUUUGGCACUGAACUAUCAAAAGAUGAUCGUGCUAAGCUAUAUCCACGCUGUGGUAAGCUGAACCCCGAUGGAUUGGCUGCUUUGGCCCGUGCUGAUGACUAUGAGCAAGUGAAAGCUGUUGCCGAGUAUUAUGCUGAAUAUUCAGCACUCUUUGAAGGUGCAGGAAAUAAUGUUGGUGACAAAACUCUGGAAGAUAAAUUUUUUGAACAUGAAGUGAGCCUGAAUGUUAUGGCCUUUUUACAACAAUUCCACUUUGGAGUAUUUUACUCGUACCUAAAGUUGAAGGAACAGGAGUGCAGGAACAUUGUAUGGAUCAGUGAAUGUGUUGCACAAAAACACCGGGCCAAAAUCGAUAACUACAUUCCCAUAUUCUAAAUUGGCUAUUGAUUGAAAUACUUGCAAUAUUUCUGUCUAUGUACAUACUUGUAAUAUGAUUUAUUUUCAAUCUAUUUAUCAAAUGAAUGUUAUUGAAUUAUUGUGAUUGCCACUGUUGUUAUGUAGUUGUGAUGUUACAACCAUUAUUAUCACUAAAUGCUUGGCAAGUAUAUAUAGUAAAAGGAUGAGUAUCCCAGAUAUUUAUUAGCUUAAAUAUAGCUAUUAGUUGCUAUGUACAACCAUUCCAAUAUUUUUGCCAAGAAUCAAGUAUUUCUUCAAAUAAUAUUAAAUUUAAAACCCAGACAGUUUAAAAUAAACCUAUCAAUGGUGGAAACUUUUUCAUCUUUGAUUUGAAAGUAUUAAUAUUCAAAAGUAUAAAAAUGAUUUUCUUGGGGAGAAAGUUAUAUUUAUAAUUGUAACCAGAAAACUUUGAAGAAUUCUUUUAUUUUAUCAUACUAGUUUAAUGUUUGAAAAUCUAUAUAGGAUUGCAAGACAUCUCUCUACCUUUUUUUUUAAAACUGUUGUCUAUUUUUCUGUUGAAAAAGGUAUUAUUAUUGAAAUAUAUUAAUAUUAAAUUAUAGAAUGUUUAAAAUGAACUAGUUUGUGACUCAAUAAAAAUAUAUAAUACUGUA